AUGCUGCUGAAAAAACGCAGAGUCACUGCACCAGUGGGACCAGUGACUCCUCCCGCUCCGCAGCCCGUCUUCCUUGUGGAAGAUGAUUUGGAAGAUGAUUCCGGGCCCUUUUCGCCAUUCAAGUUUCCGGUUUCUGGAACACCUGAAUCAGGCUACUUGCCUCCAAAUCUGAGCUAUCAAAGCUUAGUACAGGCAGCUCUUCGACCCGCAGGAUCUCCUCCAAAAGCUUCCAUGCCUGCUGAAUCACAGCAGCAGACAGAGAAAACGAAGGCUGCUCCUCCGGCAAAAUCUCCUGCGCAGACUGCCUCGCCGCCGGCCACGCCGCCGGCCGUGCUGCCGGCCGCGCUGCCUGCAGUAACACCUGCUGCACCUCCUGCCGCGCUGUCUGCGCAGCCUGCCGCGCAGUCUGCGCAGCCUCCAGAGCCGGCUCAGGCAGUCUCCUUGUCUGCCCCUAUGAAGUUUGGAAAGGGCACUGGCAAGAUGAGCGAGUUGCUAUGCUUAGUGGACCCCAGCUUGGAGACCGACGUCCGUGUGGCCGAUGGGCCAACGUGGCGCGGGAAAGCUCGAGCACGCUUGAUGUCGUUGGAAGUCCAGGACUUCAAGUCCUUCAAGAGGCGGCAAUUUCAGUUCCAGGGGCGCUCCCUGUUUUGCUUUGUUGGGUGCAAUUCCAGUGGCAAAUCCGCUGUUUUGGAUGCCUUGCGCUUCGUUCUAGCGCGACGAUGCGAUCGGAGCCUCCGAAGCUACAUUCGACGGGGCAAGCCCAUGGCGACCGCUGCGCGGGUGACCGCUCAGUUCCGCUAUGAGCGAGCUGAGGAAGGCACAAGCCAAGGUACCAUGUUGCUGAUCCGUGAAGUGCGAGUGCACCCAGACCGAUCUCUUAAGGAUGCAUACAUUCUACAACAUUGGGUCCAAGAGGAGGAAGCAGAAUUGAAGGAAGUUUCCGAAGAAGGUUACCUUGCAUGGCUACAGCAAGCUCUUAUGUGGGGCCAGGGUGAUCUCCUUCUACCGCAAUUUGGACUGAUGGAUUCCCGCAGUGCAACAGGUCUUUUGGCCAUGCUUCCAGCGGAGAUUGAGAAAGUCGGCGCGGAAGGAAAUACUUCUGGGUCGCUGCUGAAGCGGAGGUGCACAACAAAGGGUGCAGCAAGGACCGGACCCGUCAACGCGAGACUCUCCCGUGAAGCUGCGGAAGCCUGGCUCACGCGACGCAUCGAUGAAGUGUACCGGGAGCUCACGCGGGAGCCCUUGGAUGACACUCUGGAGGAGUGGGGUGAGGGUGGCGAAGCCAAGCUUCGACGUUUGCCUGAUGGCUCCUUUGACUUGCUGACCUCAGCACGGCGUGGCGGAGCGAGCUCUGGGUAUGGCACGCCUUUGAACAGCUUAUCGGACGGUGCAAGGGAUAUUUGUGCCUUGAGCAUGUUGUUCGUGCUCCCGGGGUUCAUCAGUGGCAUGCAAGAAGCUUUAGCUCCUUUCGUGGUGCUAGAUGAACCUGAUUCGCGACUUGAUAAGCGCCAUGCAAGUGCACUGCGACGGUUCCUGCAAAGACCAGAGGGUCCGAAGCAGUGCUUAUGGCUGAGUCUCAACAACCACCAAGCACUCCCCGGUGACAUCAAGCUGGAUGAUGAGGAGGCGGAUCUUGGGGAGAGUGUUCUGGAGGACCUGGAGAAUCAGGCAAGGGCCGCUCCAAAGAGAGGCCCCGGUGGUCGCAAGGACGUGAUCAAGGCUCGCUUCCUCAGCCAAAUGUCGGCACGCCUGAGGGAGGAAACUGAAGCAGAAUUGGAUGAGGAGGAUCCACCUGAGACCCUUUAA